GCACCGACACACCGGGAGGACAGCAGCUCAUGCAUCAUAUAAAUGUGUCCAAGAGUCCUCUGAAGUCUCCACCAGAGCCAAACCACAACUCCUCUCACAUAAAGGAACUUUUUCUUUUUCUUUUUCUUUUCUGCAAACUCUGGAGAGAGUUUGGCACAAGUGCGCAUUUUUGGAGACCGUCGGGCUCACAGGACAGGUUCCAGGCUCGCAGAGAGGAGGUCAUCGGGUCAGAGGCCGGUGGGGAACCUCUGGGUCGCAUCUCUUCAGUGUGUGUGUGUGUGUGUGUGUGUGUGCCCAAGUCGGUUUCCUCAGAAAGCCUCAGAGCCAUGGUGGGGGAGACAGAGGUGAAGGAGAGACCCAAGUCCAACCCGGACUACCUGAUGCAGCUGAUGAACGACCGCAAGGUGAUGAGUUCGCUGCCCAACUUCAGCGGCAUCUUUACGCACCUGGAGCGGCUGCUGGAUGAAGAAAUCGGCCGGGUGCGCAAGGACAUGUACAACGACACGGUGAACGGUGGCAUGUUCAACGGGCGCGACAUGGAGGAGCUUCCCGAAGCUGUCGGCCCCGUGGCUCAGCUGCAGGAGAAGCUCUACGUGCCUGUCAAAGAGUACCCCGACUUUAACUUCGUAGGGAGGAUCCUGGGCCCACGUGGACUGACGGCCAAACAACUGGAGGCAGAGACCGGCUGCAAGAUUAUGGUGCGAGGAAAGGGCUCCAUGAGAGACAAGAAGAAGGAGGAGAUGAACCGAGGGAAGCCCAACUGGGAGCACCUCAGCGAGGACCUCCACGUCCUGAUCACAGUGGAGGACACACACAACCGGGCCAAGAUCAAACUCCAGCGGGCCAUCAACGAGGUCAAGAAACUUCUCGUGCCAGCUGCCGAGGGGGAGGACAACCUGAAGAAAAUGCAGUUGAUGGAGCUGGCCAUUCUCAACGGGACCUACAGAGACGCCAAUGUCAAGACGCCCACCGGCUUCCAACUAGGGACACCUCAGGCGCCUCGGAUCAUCACCGGCCCGACGCCCGUGCUGCCUCCUUCCCUGCGCAACCCCACCCCCGUCAACACGCCGACCAUCAUGCCUCUGAUUCGUCAGAUCCAGAGCUCCGCCCUCAUGCAGGGAGGCAACCCGCACCAGACGCUGAUGCAGCAAGGGCCCGAGUCUGGAAUCAUCUACACGCCCUACGAGUACCCCUACACACUCACGCCCUCCAUAUUGGAAUAUCCGAUUGACUCAACUGGAGUUUUAGUCCCUUCUUCCUGUGUUUUUGCAGCAGGUGCCAUGACCACUAAGGUACGACGCCACGACAAGAGAAUCCAUCCUUACCAAAGGGUAGUGACCCCAGACAGAGCUGCCACGGCAACUAACCCAUGACCCCUUGACCUUCUGACCUUUCCGCCCACUGAUGACCCACCCAUCUCUGCCCGCUGGCGUGCUCAUUGGCCCGCGGCCCCCGUCACUCACCCAGCUCAGCCAACCAGACCAGCACAUCCCGGCUGCUUCUGUCUAACCAGCCAACCGGACGACAGCGAUCAUGGGAAUAAACCUCAAGACCCCGCCCUCCACCAAGUCCUAACCUAAACUUUACCAAACGUGCCUUCCUUUCGAAAAGCCCAAAGCCAGUCUGAGCAUCUUUUUACAACCAGUCGAAAUCCCAAUCUGUAACAGGUGUUGCAAGCAUAACCAGUAGACUUAACUGGGGCCAGGCCCGAAAACUGAUGAAGAGCCCCUAAACCCAUCCCUGGCUGUGCCAACCCCCCCCCUCAGUCUAUGUGAUGCAAUAAUAAUGACUCUAUUAAUACCAUGGUAACUAUACUGAUAAUAAUGGUACUUAUCCAGCGCAGAAAACCUAAAAAACUAAAUGAGAUAUGUUGAGAUUUUGAAACGUCUUUCCUCUUCGGGUACCUCUUACUCCACUUUUCUGCACACUCUUUCAGGGGGAACGCUUAUUUUCAGGGCCAACCAUUUUAAAUCAUUUAUAUAUCAAAGCUGGUGUUAUGAUAAUGAUUUAUUAACAUCACUGGAACCACAUGUCGGGGUUACUAAAGUUGUAACCCCAACAUGUGGUUCCAGUGAUGUGUUUAAAGUGUCACUAAUUAUUUAAAGAGUGUCUGUUAUUUUGAGAAUCUUUUCCAAUUCUCCUUGUCGUGUUUGAACAAGGAAGAAAAAGUAAAAAUGCAAAAGGUGCUCAGAGGGGAAAAAGAACAAACUGGAAUCCAAAAUGCCAAAGUAUCUCUUGAGUUUUUCUUAAUAGGUAAAGUAUCCCAAUACUGAGUCAACAUAUGCAGUGUAAAUGCCAAGUCUGAACGGAGCAGAGCCGCACACACACAGGAAGUAGGUUGCACUUCUUUUGUCUAAAUCCAGACGACUUACACAACGAUGCCUUUGCCUUUUUCACACUAAAGUAUUGUACGAGCUUGAACAACAGUGCCUUUAUUUAUUUGAGAGCAAUGGAACAAUGUUACGCCUAAAUCUUUUGCUACCACAUCGUGGGUUUGAGCCCAGCAUGAAAUUAUGUCCUUUGGGUUUAUGCAGAUUAAUUGUCAUUUGCAUUUGAUGUCUUUACACCCAUAACUCUUCUCAAUUCAGAUUUUAGUGCCAAAAAGACAGAAAAAAGUAGCUUAUUAUAGUUGAAAAUGCAACACAGUAAAAAAAAAACUACCAUGUCUGAAAUGUAUAUGUGAGGUUCGGAUACCUCAAGAGAACAGUGUUAUAUUUUAUCUAUUUCUUUUGUUUGUUUGUUUGAUUGUUUUGUUGGAGAUGAAGUCGUCCAUUUCUUUAUUUCUACAUGAGUAUCCUCGUAUUCAGAAGGUGUGGUACAGUUAUGCACACACAUACACACAAACCAACUGAUGCCUUGAUGUAAAAAAAAAAAAGAAGAAAAAAAGUCAUGGAGCCGUAACAUCUGUAACAAGUUUAUAAUGUAUUUUUAUAUUCUAUUUUGUACCUGAAAAUAACAUUAAACGACCUUUUCAGAUAAGAACAUUAUGCCUUAUUACGGAGAGUAAUUGGAUGAUUCUAACUAUCCUUCAUGUGUCAUGAGUAAUUAUGUCCUGAAAUACUGGAGUCUCUCAUGUCCUCUGUAUUAACUUGAGCCUUUGAGAUCAACAUCGCUUGCCUUCUGUGCCUUUUGUAUUCUAUGAGUGUGACAAUUAACAGUGUAGUAAACAUUAAUAUACUCUUCAGUGCCAAGGUUACUAACUGUUACCACUUCUGUGAUUAUUAACCACUUUAAUGGUAUCUGUCUUUUAAAAACAAAUUACAUGUGUGUCUAAAAAAAUGCAAAGAAAAGAUCUGUGUUGAACUAUGAACGUUUUAACUUUUAAAGUG